AUGGAGAAAACCAGUCAACAUGUCAAAGAAUCAUACUGUAGGGAACAGGAAAAUAUCACUGCAGCUACCAUAGAACAGCUCGAACGUAUAAAAGAAGUUGCCGAAGAACGAGACAACUUAAAAAAACAAUUAGAAUGGUCUCAAGAGGAACUAGGAAGACUGCGGAGAAGUAUCGAAGAAAAGAAACUUUACGCUGUCCAGACUCCAUCAAGAGGAGAUGCCGAAACAGGAGGUCUUUCUAAUUUAUCCCAAUAUCCAGAAAUAAUUUCCACAGAAACUGAAAUCAAAGAAUUAGAAGAUAAUAUCGAGCAGAUGCGUAAUCAAAACAUUACACCAGAAAUACGGCUUAAAAUAAUACAAAAAGAAGUCGAGGUAAUGAAAAAAUACUGCUCGAAACUCUCCCUAAUACAAAACGAAAAUGAAGAACUCAAGGAACAAGUAUUUUUCUACGAAGACUCACUAGCCAAAAUAGGAUGUUUCCCAAUCACCCCAGCCUUGAUGGAAGAUCUGAAACUCAAAUUUGAAGCCAUAAAUGAAAAUGAUAAGUUGAAAGAGAAAAUUCAUGAUUUAGAAAAAGAGCUUUGCAUUCAUACUUAUUCCCCUCACGAUGUUGAAAUGUUUAGACAAAGGUCCCUACUUCUAGAGGAGGUUCUAAAAGAUCGCGAUAGACUAAGUCAAAAAGUAGAACAACUACGUAGUCUAGAUCAAGAAGUUCAUAGUUUAAAAAAGAAGGCAGCUAGAGUAGAUGAACUGGAGUGUUGUGUAAUGAAAUUGAAUAGAUCGAAAUCUUUCAUGGAAGAAGAAAUAAUUCAAUUAACACGUAAAUUAUCUGAUGCCGAAGAAGGAGAUUUUCACAAAAAAGCAGAAGUAGAUAUUCUUCGAUCCAAAGUAGUUUGCAUGGAACACGAAAUAGAAAGCCUCAAAUCCAUGUGCGAAGACAAAGAAAGAUUGAAAUCAGAACGAGAUCAUCUGAGGAACAAUCUCGAGGAAAUGAUAAGAGAGCUAGGAGAUGUAGACUACAUGAAAAAGCAGAUUCAAUGUAUGGAAAUGUUCAAAGCUGAACGGGAUAUAUUCAAAUCGAAAUACGAAAAUCUGAUGGGUUUGGAAUGUGAAUGUGAUAUUCUGAAAGCUCAACUAGAUAGAGCGAAAGAUAUAGAAAGAGAACGAAACUACUUGGAGUUUCGAGUAGAGGAUUUGGAAGCUUGUAUAGCGGACCAAGAGAAUGAAAUAAAAAGAUUGGUAUGUCAUAUAGAUUUGCUGGCUAAAGGAAGGGACGAAGAACAAGAGAAGUUCAGAGAACAUGCUGUUCAAAUGAGAGCAGAAAUUGAGGAGAAAGAUAGUCUCAUUAGCGCUACCCAAGAAAAACUGAGCUCUUUAGAAGUUAGACUUACAAAUUCAAUCCACGGCCUCAAUUCUCAAACACUUAAACACAAAAACAAAACCAGCAAAUUGAAAUCAGUAAUAUGUACUCUAAAUCUCGAAGUGGAUAGUUUGAAAGCUAGAAACGAAGAAUUGGAGAAUUAUCUUAGUAACAUACAAGCUGAAUAUCAAAAAUUGGUGCAUCACAUCGUAGCCUUAAAGAUAGAAAAUGAUAAUAUUACAAAACAUCUCAAGGACUUAACAGAGGAUAAUGUUUUUCUCAUCCAAACAUUAGAAGAAAAAGAAGAUACAUUGAAUACGUUAAGUGAAGUUUUAAAAGAUCACGAACCAAUAUUGGAUGAAUUUGAAAAAUCCCAAAGUCUUCGUAUAGAAUUUCCUCGUGAUAAAAAGACCGAAAAUGAUUCAAUUUGUUUAAUAACCUCUGAACUAGAGAUGACAAAGGAAGAGAAUAGAAGACUUCAUGAUAAAGUACAUAAAAUUUCUAACCUAGCCGCAGAUCAGCAACUUCAUGAACUACUGCUUCACUCGAAGAGCGCCAUAAAAAGAAUUUCUUUGGAACUGAACAAACAAUGUGAUGGAUGGCACAACUUACAAAACCAAAUCCAAGUAUUUAGAUCUGACGAUGGGAACGUACAACAUAUCACAAAACCAGAAAAGUUAAUAGUAAAUUACACUCUUUCUACUGGAAUAAAUACUGAUAUGGGAACAUGGGAUUGUACAAAGACAAAAAAAAUAGCAAAAUCUACAGAAAUAUCUGAAAUCACCAACGCCAAUAUUCCUGUUACAAGAAACGACGUGGAAGUAGAGUGUUCAUCAUUGAUUAUUCAAGAUGUAUCAAAAUUAGAUGCAGGUACCAUCACUAAAAAAACGGAAAUUGUUUCGGUAGGAGUAGAUACUCCCUCUACUCUCAAAUUGGAAGAUUCACAAAAUGUCGAACGUAGAAUUUGUAAAAAAAAAUUAGUACAUUCAAUAACUCAAAAACCAGAAAAAGUAAUUUACGCCAGCAAACCGAGAGCUAAAUCAGAAGCCAUUCAAUUGGAAUAUAAUAUGUCUAGGUGGAAUUUCCUUAAAGAAUCCUUAACACCGCAUACAAUAAUCUCUAGAAGUGUUACGUCACUCGAUUCAAACAAACGAAUUAUAUACAGUCAGAUCACAUCUGUUACUAAAGCACAAGAUAAUGUUUUAAUAGUUCCUAUGGAACCAUAUCAAAGAUCUAAUAAUCAAAAACGCCCAAAAUUGGUUACAGUUGCAACAAAAACAAACAAAAUUAUGUCCAAAGAUGAAGAAGUAGAAACUUUCGAAACUGCUAGAUCAUUCUUUUGCUCACGUUGUAAAAGCUUGGAAGAACGUAUACAAAUUCUCGAAAAAGAAUUGAUUGCUUCCAACAAUAUAAUGUUGAGGCUUAAAGAUGAAGUAUGUAAAGGAGUUAAAAUAGCAGCUGAGAAUGAAGCUUUACGUAAACAUUCGACAGAAGUGCAAGAAGUAGCUAUAGACCGAAUAGAAGACCUAAUUGAACACGUGAAAAAAUUCCAAGAAAAAACGAAUACUUUAGAAGACGAAAAUAAAAAACUAAAUACUUGUAAUUGUAACCUACAGUUGAAAAUAAAACAACUAUCACAAAUGAUCCAGGAGGCUCAAAACGAAAACGAGCAGCUAUCAUCUCGUAACGCAGCUAUAGAAAAAGAAUUGAAAGACGAUUCCGAAUUAUGUAAACUAAGAAGUGAAUUACUAAAAGCAGUUAGUGACAAAAAUGACUUGGAAAAACUGAUACUGGAAGAUACAGAGAAAAAUAAAAAACGUACAAAUUCAUUAGAAAAAGAACUGGAAUCACUUGUUGAACAAAAUAAAUAUUUGAAAGAAGAAAUUGUUCGGCUUGAAGCGACCAUAAAUGAAAGUGAAAUGUUAAACAGCAAACUAGCAAAUUCAGAAGGUAGAAUUGCGGAAUUGAAAAAUAAUUUACGUCACGCAAUAGAAGAAAAUAAACAGUUAAUUAAAGAGUUGAACACAAUCAAAUUCCAAUUGAAACAAUAUCCUACUAUAGACGUUGAUGAACUAAACGAUUUGCGAAAAGAAAACGAAAAUUUGCUUAAGAAAAUUAAAGCUCAAGCUUUAGAAAGAAACGAAUUAUUAGAUAAAUUGAAAACUCCACAUGUGGAUGUACCAUCACUUCCUCCAGAUAUGAAAGAUGAAGGUGUUCUAGUGACAAUUUGUCAGGACCUAGAAGGUCAACUGAAAUGUUUAGAGAAAGCAAGUCUACCCAAUGAAAUGGCCGACGAAUUCCAGAGGAUGGUGAAAGACUUAUGCAAGCGUUUAGAAAACUCAGAAUAUCGUGCAAAAGAAGCUGAAACUCUACUUAGAUCGAUGAAAGUCAGCGACCGUACUGCGAUGUUGAGCGAUGAAUUGAAUAAAUGUCGAGCAAAACUAGCUGAAUUGGAAUCGAGCUUAAUUGAAGCAAAUGAGAACUCAGAUCACUUUAAAGCAGAACUAGCCUCUUGUAAAGGUGAUUAUGAAAAAAGCUUGAAAGAUAAGGAAUCUUUACAGCAAUUGAUCGGAAAAUUGGAAACGGAUAAUGUCAAAUUAACUGCUGCUCUUGCAGAAAUAUCUGAAGGUGGCGAUUUAAAAGAAGAAAUUAAAAAAAUGAAAGAACAUAUAGCACAACUGGAAACAGAAAAUAAUGGAUUGAGAAAUAAAGCAGCAGAAUACGAUCGUUCUUUCGAUAAAAUCGAUCUUUUACAGCAAUCAAUCAAAAUUUCGAAACAAGAUUUAAUGAAAGCCGAAAAUGAGGUUGAUAGAUUGAAAAAAGAAUUAGAGAGCAGUCUCAAUAUUAGAAUAGCCGAUGGUAAUAAAGUUGAUGAAUUAGAGACAGAGAAAAAGAAGAAUCUCACUACUAUACAAAAUUUAGAAUAUGAAAUAAUUGCAUUGAAAAAAGAAUUAGAAUCGGUUUUAAUAACAGCUAAAAAUUCUUCAACAGGAAUAUCAGACUUGCAGAGCGAAAUAGCCAAACUUAAACUGAUAAUAGAUCAAUUAGAAGGAGAUAAAGUUAAACUGAAGAAAGAUUUUGACAAUGUUAACCUAAUUAAAUAUAACGCUAAUACAGCCGACGAAGUAUCUAAAUUAAAAGCCGAAUUAGAGAGAGCUAAGAUUGCAGCCCAAAUAUCAGCGGCUGCCGAAAAAGAGCUAGAAAAUAAAGUUUCAAACUUAGAAAGCGAAAAUGCAAGGCUACAAUUAAUUUCUAAAACGGAAGAUAGAAUUAGUGAACUAGAAAACUUAGUACUCACAUUGCGACAACAGAUAUCUACUUUAGAAGUCGAGAAAAGUAAGUUGCAAAAGGAUCUUGAUAAAUCUAAAUCAAUCUGCGUAAAAGAUGAAGCUCUAGUAGAACCUGCAGAUCAAUUAACUAAAUUAGAAUUGGAAAAUGACAGAUUAAAUAAAGAAUUGAAUGCUGCCCUGGAUAACCUGAAUUAUAUAAAUGCACAAAUUUUAGAAAAUCAAAAGGAAAGUAAAAUAUUGAAACAGAAUUUUGCUCUACUGGAAUCUGAAAAUACUCGAAUGAAAAAACAACUUGAUGAUAUAUCAGAAGAAUCUCAGACAUCUUCGUCUGAAUUGAUUAAAUUAAAAUCGGGCGAAUCUACUUUAAAACAACGCCUUGCUCUGUUGGAAUCUGAAAAUUUGAAAGUUAAAAAAGAUCUGGACUUGAUAUCUAACGAUAAUAAAAAUUAUCUUUCUCAAAUACAAAGCCUUAAACAAAAUAACAUUAAACAAGAAAAAGAAAAUGAAAAAUUGAAGCAAAGCUUGGAAACUGUCACUAAUAUCAAAGAAGAUGCAUCCAUAUGGAAACAAAAAGCUGUAGAAAACGAAGAAGCUCUAAAUAAACUUGAAAAUCAGUUAAAAACGAUUCUAGAUGAACAUAUAAAAUGCCCAAUAGAAAUUUCUGGAUUAAAAGAAGAAAACGAUAGGCUGAGGACUAAAUUGAUAGAUUUAGAAAAUGAGAACAAUAAAUUGAAAAAUCAAUAUGAAGGAGCUAUGGGAGAUUCUUUGAAAAAAGUAUCUGCACUAGAAAAAUUGAGAAGUGCUGAAUCAAAAUUGAAAGAACUCGUAUCGAAAUUGGAAAUAGAUAAUAGAAAUUUACAAAAUCAAGUAACAGUGCAACGUACAGAAUUGGGAACUAUAGAUUCGCAGCUGAAUAGAUCUAAAGAAGAUGUGGCUAAUUUGAAACAGAAGUAUACAUCUUUGGAAUGUAUGAAUAUUAAACUCGAAAAGGAUUUAGACGAAAUUUUAAGUGAAAAAUGUAAAUUACAAAAAUUACUUAACGAAUUACAGAAUGAUAAUUCGAAAUUAAGCGGAUUGAUAGUUGAAUUACAAAACGAAAAUACUAAAUUGAAAAAAGAGUUAGAUAAUAUUGCUGCUACUCAACAUCAACACUCAACUGACGAACUGAAGAUUAAACACAGUAAAGAAAUUAAAACUCUACAAGAAAAUCUCGCAAAACUUACUAACGAACGCGAUAAAAUCAAAAGACUUCUCAAUGAAGAAAAAAAGAGGAUUUCGUCUGUAAAAGAUAAAAAUGAGCAGGUGAAAGAUGUCGUCAUUAAAAAAAGAAAGAUGUGCGACCGGCAAACGGAAACAUGUAAUUUACUAGGACAAGCAUUGGACGAUCAUUCGAAAACGAUCGAAAAAUUUAGAAAGAAAAGCCAAGACUUAAAAGAAGAAAAUGACAAUUUGAUUAUGAAAAUCACUGAAACUGGAAAAGAGAAAAAUUUGCUUGAAAAAAGUUAUUCAACUCUGAAAGAAAGGUUUGAAAGAGGUAUCAAGAAUAAUGAAGAAAUUAAAAAAGAGGUGGAGGUGUUGAGAAAACAACUUGCGGAUAAAAAACAGAAAUUUACAGUAAAAACAAUCAAUACAGUGUCGAUACCGGAUGUUGUAGCCAUAACCCCAUUAUCUGAGAAAGAGCUGAGAUUCUUCGGCAAGAAAGCCUCUAUUUUUAAACCCAAUCUUCAAAUCAUAAUCAACAAAAUGGCAACUGGUGGUGUACAGUCGCUGUUUCUAGAAGAACUGCAGUUUUUGUAUAACAAACUUUGUGACGUAACGGCUGAGCAGCUCGCAAAAAUGGGACAAAGUGCUGGUGUAUUAAAGUCGAACGAAAGUGGCGACAAACUUGGUUUAUUGAGAAGAAUCGCUGCUUUGGAAGAAGAACUUUUGGAAAAACAAAAAGUCGCAGAUCAUAAAGUUAACGCUAUGCAAUACGCUGUAAAAAUAGGAAAAAAGCGCCUAAGUGACUUGCAAAAAACUUUGGAACAAGAAAGGAAGUUGAGUACUGAGCUCACCAUGCAAGUUGAUUCACAUUCGAAAAUGGUGAUGGAUCUUAAACAAGAAAAAGACUCCAUCGAUCGACAAAAAACUUAUCACGAACGGAAACUAGAAGAAUAUAUAGUUACCAUUGAAAAAGAACGUGCAAAGGCUCGAAAUUUGGAAGACGAACUCGAAAAAGAAAAAACAAAUGUCCUCCAUUUCAAAAGUUUGCUGGAAGCAGAAAGGGAUAGAGCUAGGAUUCAUAAAAGAAAAGAUACUGAAGCCUUAGAGAGAAUGCGCAUACAGUUGGAAAAAACAGUUAAUAACGAGCAGCUACUUAAAAUGAAACUUCAAGAUAAAACGAAGCAAAGGAGUGAUUCUCCUUGUAAGCCUGUCAAAGAUACAAACAAUUCUGUUACAGAAAAAUCCAGAGCUAACAUGCGUGCUGCUUCUUCAAAGGAUUUCAAGUCGAUUUCAGGACGAUUGUCGUCGGCUUAUAAUCAGUAAUUUUCGGAUAAUUGAUUUUAUUAUUCUGAAAAAUGAUGUUUUUGUACUAGUUUGUUGUAUUUUCAAAAAUUUAUCAAAUAAUAAUGUAUCAACAAUAGAAGCAUUUAAGGCU